GUAUUUCCUCCUUGGUGGAAGUAGCCGCAGUUUUGUUACCAGAGUAGUAGCUUUGCGCGAGAAUAGGUUUUCUAACAAGUCGUUACAGGCGAAGAGAACCAACACCGUCUCUACCAUGGAUUUUUCCUCCCUCAAGGACGCUAUGGCGUCCAAGUCAUAUGAAAAGAUCGCAGAUAUCUGCGACGAGCUUAUGCUUCAGGUUUCAGCUCAAGGCAUUCCAUACCGAGACGAAUGGCCGCACGCAAUUCAUCUUUUAGGGCACAUUUAUGUCAAUGAUAUUAACAGUUCUCGGUUUCUAUGGAAAUCGAUACCUUCGACAAUUAAAGAAAGCCAGCCAGAGCUCGUUGCUGCUUGGAAAAUAGGUCAGAGGCUAUGGACGCGAGACUAUGCCGGAGUUUAUGAGGCUAUUCGUGGUUUUGAUUGGAGCGAAGAAGCUCGCGGUCUUGUGAGCUCAUUCUCAGAACUUUACACCAAGAGGAUGUUCCAGCUACUAAUGUCUGCCUACUCAACAAUAAGUGUCAGGGACACAGCUCUCUUUUUGGGGAUGAAUGAAGAAGCAGCUACGAACUAUGCACUCCAACAGGGUUGGACUUUGGAUUCCAGUUCUCAAAUGUUGAUCGUGAAGAAGCAGCCGAUUGUGACAGAGCAGAAGUUGGAUCCCAGUAAAUUACAGCGCCUGACAGAAUAUGUCUUCCACCUGGAGCAUUGAAUCCGAUUUAUGUAAAUGGCAUGUAUUGAUGCCUUUUCUGAUUAUCUUCCCAUCACUGUAGACCGUCGAGAAUGUUGGUAAAUCUUUUAGGUUUGGAGUAAUAUUAUCAUGCAGGUUUGAUUUGAUCCAUAACAGAUUAUGAUGCAAUGGCAAUUCUCCAAUUUCUAUUUUCUA